CACAAAAUUUAUUUACCUAAGAUGAAUGUUUACAAGAAUGACCCAUUACUAUUUCAUGUGCCUCCUGCACACCAGUUGGACUUGUAGAAUCAUGAUGUAAGUCAAAAGAAGUAAAAUACUACUAGUAGUACUACUAGUAGAAUAGUUUUUUUCAACUGGAAUAGUCAAUGGAAACAGGUAGUACUAGUAUGAUGAUUAGUCUAAGGGAAAAAACAAGAACUCUACUACUGGUGGUAGUAAAAAUUCGGCAUGAAGUUUUUUCAGGAAAUUAAGUGGUUGCAUGUGAUAACUUGCUGAUAUGAUGAUGUGUGCUUUCAUGUAAAAAAAUAAAAAAUCUGUUUCGACUUCCCCUCGCCGCGUAAUACCGCAAAAGAGGCACGUUAUUAUUCUACGUACGUUUUUUGUUGUUCCACAUUCCACAUACUUAUUGUCGUGGGGGUGAACUCGUAUGGUCUGUACGUACGGUCCAUACUCCGUGCCUCCGGCAUCCACAGUCCAUCGUCGUGUCUGCUUUGAUUUAUUCCUUCAGGGAUCAUGGAACGAAGAAGCAGAUAUUUGUUAGAUUCAGUAUCUGACACAAGCAGUAGUAGUAGUAGUAGUAGUACUUGACAUAACUAUUAUUUUACUGUCACACGAACACGAGUAACCCCAGGAUACUUUACGGCUCUGUCCCGAAGCACCCAAUCUUCUCGACAAACGAGCUGCGUUGWUUCACGCACCGAACAUCUCCAGCGGACGGUUCCCCCUUCGAUUUCUGACGUUGUCUCGGCGGGGACCUCUGGCGAAGGCCGCCGAAAGGAUCUUGCUCCCUUCUCCGUUCGAAGCCCUUGCCUCGAUCGAUCGAGCGGCGGUCUGGAUUGCCCGGGUGCCCCCAUACCGGCAGUGGCGCGUGGUGCCGCAGCUCGCUCAUCGGCACGAACGUAUCGGGGAAAAGCAAAGACAGACGGCUCGGCUCGGCGCCACAGCACAGCACGGCACGGCACAGCACAGCACAGCACAGCACGGCACAGCACCAUGUCGAGCUCGUACAAACCCGUCGUCUUGUUGGAAGACGACGACGAGAACCAGAAGCGCGUCGUGGACGUGGACGUGGACGUGGACGCUGACGGCGUUGUCGACGCCAGCACGAACAAGAGAGAAAGCCCUUCUCCGGGACCCAAGCCUCGAGACAGUUGCGCUCCGAUAGAGGUUGACGUCGACGCAGGCGUCAACGAGAGGGAAGGCCUCCCCCMGGGACGCCCARGGCGCCGGGCACGCCGGGAGCCACGGAAAACGACCCGCAAGAAAUUUUCUAGCGCACCCGUCGGAGAAAAAGAAAUGGAGGAAUUGAUGGGGAUGGCCGAAUACGAAGCAACCCAGGAUCCGUACCGCGGCAUGGGAUUUCUGAACAGCAGCCACGGAGACGGAGACAGCGACAGCGACAACGACAGCGACAGCGACAGCGACAACGACAACGGAGGCGCAAGAACUAUGGAGGAAGACGGAAACGACGGAACGGAAGCGGCACCGGCGUCUGCCACGCAACGCGGGGAAAGGACAAGCGGCAGGGUUGUAACUCCAUGGGAUGUCUGCCAGUGGGGCAUUCUUUCUGCGCCAAAGACGAUCCCCUCUGCACGACAGGAUCAAGAGGAAUUCCGCCAGGCAAACAAAAACCAUGGUGUCAUCGGCGAGGACGAAUCGCGUGCUCUUGUUCUAGAUGAUCCACACAACCUAGUGCGAAACUUGACGGAAUCUUGCUGUCCUUCCAUACUCGAAUGGACGAAACAACGCUUGGAAGAAGAAAACAAAAAAAAACAACAAGCCCGGAAAAGCAGGAAGCAGCGCAGUACCUCGGGAACGAAACGGAACAGAUCAACUUCCCGAAACAACAACAACAACGACAACCAUGAAAUUUCACCGGUCUUUGCUCGUCUGGGAAUGCGUCCGUCGGACACGAACUUCUUGUGUCCCUGUGACUUCAACCCGUUUUGUUUGGCUUCUUUGGGCGGAUUCAUGAACGAAUUGUUGGAAGAACGAUGCAAGAAGGGGAUCACUGUCACGAUACGAGACGACGACSUUGAUGRCAGCAGCAAGAACGGUCCAUCGAAGAGCUGCAAACGAACAAAGGUAAUCGAAGUCGACAACGACGAAAAGAACGAGACCAACAAAAACGUUGAAAUCCUCGACGUGGACCAAGAAACRAAGGGCGGUGCGUCGGAAUCCGUAUCGGCAGAAGGCGCAGGAAUCCUCGCAUUCUUGGGKAAAGUCAAAGACAUGAUCACACACGGGGGCAACGAGAAAGAGAACACCGCCGACGUUCUGACGUGCACGCGGCUCGGCCCGAGAUGGAGAAAGCCAACGACCGGAGAUCCGGCGAAAGUAUUCACCUCGGAAGUGAAUAUCAGCGACCAGUAUUUGAAUGACACAGACUACUCGCAGAUAACAAAAGAAGAAAUCGAAAAGCUAAGAAAAUACAACGACGUGGAUCUUUCAAACAUUAAAAAAGUCGUCGAGAAUAUCUUGGGGUUGUGCAGAAAGUCAAAGGCCGACACAGAAGUGAUGACGAUGGACGAGUACAUCGAAACUCUAACCGAGUGGCACAAGUCUCUCAUCUUUGUGAACCCAACCAAAGAGGAGCGCGACGUAGCAAGCGACAACAUAACCAUAGCUCUGCCYCCGGGAAUACAAAACCUCGGRGCAACGUGCUACCUGAACACACAACUCCAGUGCUUGGCACAAAACCCGGUCUUUCUCGACGGAAUCCUUUCGUGGCGUCCGGUGAGCGCCACGCACAAAAUGAACGGAGUCAUGACGAAACUGCAGAAACUGUUGGGRGAGAUGCUCGUUGGCGGYGACGGAAAAUACACCUCGCUUGAUUUCUCGAAUGCUCUGGGCAUACAGCACAACGAGCAGCAAGAUCCGAACGAAUUCGCGAGAUUGCUUUUCGAUCGAAUGGAAGAAUCCUUUCAGCAGUGUAGUACCAGAAGUUGCGACACCAAAAACACAAGUGCGAACAGCAAUGGCAGAGGUGACUUAGGHGGACUACUCCAACGAAUCUUCCAUGGAACUACUACCUACGAAACGAUAUGCAUGAAAUGUGGGAAAACAUCGGUGCGGAGUGAAGGUUUCAUGGAUUUGAACCUUCCGAUAGUUCAGCGGCAACCCAACGAAGAAGACGAAACCGAAGAAUUCGAUCACGAUGAACCCAAGAGCAAAGGCGAAAGCGGGGAUUCGGUAUCUGCCAAACGCAAACGACGAAAAAAAGGCCCACUCGAAACUGCCUUUCGAAAACAAAGAAAAGACACCAAAGUUGCCACCGACGUUCAGUAUUGUUUUGAUCAGUACACCAAGGCAGAAAUGUUGAACGGGGACAACCAAUAUUUCUGCGAAGUUUGCGACUCAAAGCAAGAUGCAAAAAGAGUCAUGACACUGACCGAACUCCCCCCCGUGCUCAACAUACAGCUAUCGAGAUAUGUAUUUGAUCGCAAAAAAUUUGUGAAGAAAAAACUCAUGGACGAAGUYAGUCUCCCGACGGUUCUCGUCAUCAAUCGACGCGGUGGUAGUGACUCGGAUCUCUCYUUUCCUGUUUCUUCGUCCAAAAGAUCCAGGUCGUGCAAGAAGAAAAGAUAUCUUUUGUGCGCUGUCAUGAGGCACCAAGGGACGUCUGCUUAUUCGGGGCAUUACGUCGCAGAAGCAAUGGACUGGACUACCGGGCAGUGGUACGAAUUUAACGACGAAACCGUCACUAUGCUUACUGCCCCKUCUUGUUCUUUCAUUCCAGAUACUGCCGGGAAUUCGGAGGAGGAAAGAAAGUCUGCUGGUAGUCAAGACGCGUACAAUAUGUAUUACGUAGACGAAGAGUAUUUGGGGAAGAAUGCAGUGGCGACGAUGGCAAGGAAUCAGCGACUAAACUCGGUACUGGGGARUAACUCCAACAGGAACGAAUACGAUAAUUACGACGUACUCAAUAAUUUGAUUCGAGAGAAAGUUCAAAGAUAUUCAGUCUUGACUCAGUGAGUACCAUCCUAUACAGAAACACAAGGAAUAGUYAACUCCGUGCUUUCUUCUUUUUUGUCUUCUCACAUUUAUUCCUGUGUACACAUUUAGAUUGUGCACCGACGAUUAUACAAUUUCAGACAGGCUUAGGCGACGGAAGGACGGAAUUCGCAAAUAUAUGUUUGGUGAUCCAAGUUCUCUACUCAUCAAACGUGGAAGCAUAGAGGACGAUGAGCCAUACUUCUGGGUUGACGGGAAAACACUGAGAGAAUUUCUUUCUUGUGAUCGUAGGCUGGACGACAAAUUAGGAUCAAAAGAGCCGAUAAUKUGCUCCAAGUCCUUGCUYUGUCCGCAUGGUUACCUAGACCCUCGGAGUGCAAGACGAGGGAARUUGCUUCGAAAGUCACAAUACGAUUCAUACAAGUCACUGUUGGUCGGAGAACGCAAACUCUUGUGCAAAGCAAUUGAUGGAAAAUGCAGCGACGUCACUGGUUGCGUGAUAACUUCGACAGACAUAAUGACUUGCAGACAUUGCGCCCAAGCAUAUUCGAAGGAACUGUYCGAAAAGUUAGAAUUUGUGAAGAAUGUCAAACAUUUAUACCACGACAUUCUUGAUGAAACGAAAGACGCAACUAAAACGUUUGUAGAUGAUCCCAACGAAGACCAAACAGAAAACGAAUAUUCGUAUAUUGUUUCGCGUUCAACAAUAUCMAAGUUCAAAAAGCAUGUUAUUGAUGCGAUGAAAUCAGUAGCAGACUUUAAGAAAGGAGGUUCGCUCGAUAACACCUCCAUUUCAAUCGASUCUGAUAGCCAUAAGAUUCUGAGUGGGAUUGAUGAUCUUGAUAUUUCUUCUUUYCCAGGAAGUCCAACGUUCGUAAGCUUUACUAAAACACCGAAGGCUGGAAACRCGGGGACUUAUGAMUGGGUGCAGGAYAAGUUCAAUUCGAAGAUUACRUGUAAGUCAUGAAAUGUGUCCCCAUUGAUUUGAAAUUCUUGGAUAUUGGGAGUAUAAUAUGUUACUCACUACAUCCUUCUUCUUAGGCCCACACGGGAACUGCAACGAUUUCAAUUUGCGCAUAGUUCGCUAUGUUCAUCACAAAACAUGGGCGAAGAUCAAAAAGGUUUUCCCCGAUGCCAUUGAGCAUAAAAUAUUAAUAUAUGCAGUGGACGGAAAGAUGCGGAAACCAAACAUCGACGACGAUGGUUGCAAACAAUGUCGCGAAGAAAGGGAUGCCAUUAAUAAUCUCACUUCCAAUGUUGAGAGAUGGGCUAAGGAGACAAAGCGAAGUGUUGCUCUGAAAAAUGUGCUGGACGGAAAGAAUAUAUCAGAAAGUGAAAUAGCAGUUCAUAAUUUUGACAGUGCGCAGAGCAAUUGUAGACUGGUACACCGCGACGAUAUUGCAAAUUUAUGUAAAUCGGUGAAGUUGUUAAGUCGGUUGUCGAAGUUGAAAGUACCCCAAACAAUGGACAUAAAGAAUUUUGUCGAGAAUAUAGCGUUUCCAAGCUACCACUCUGUAGUGUUGGACUUCGAAAAACAGCCUAGCGCGAGGUUGCUGCAGAGUAUUCGAUCUCUCAUCUGCUGCGAGCACAAACGUGUCAUAAAAAGUGCCAUCAUAGAUGUUUUUGGAAAGGACGGAAAUCUUGAGCCYAGGUACCAAUUAUCAAAAGGUGUUGCCGUUCUUUCUGUUGAAGAAUAUGAUGCUUAUGUGAACUGUUUAGCGCAGCUGUUGAUUAUUCURAACGAGAACUAUCAUCGGCAUGAAGAUGUAAAUAAAUCCUUACAAGACAUCACUACCUCACUACUUGACGAUAUCAAGAAAUUUUCCGCGUCGUGUCAUCCAGUAAUAAAAAUGAAGACAAACGCAAAMGAAGAGGUGGACGAGAUCCUAUUAUUUUCAGUGGGUGGURAUUCGAAAGAAUUUUCAAUUGUACCUGGAAUUUGCGAACACGAAACUUGCAAAAAAGAUUUUGUUCCAUUGGUUCAAAAGUCUUCAAGAGARAUUGUUGAAAGUGUUUCGGACGAAAGUUUAGAGUGUUUAGGAAACCAAAAGAAGGGAGUGGGAGAGAAAAUUGAUUGCAGAAUUGGAUCGGUUGCAAUCAGCCCAAUAAUCGUUGAAUCUGACCUGGAAGACUUCACCCAUACCGCUGAGAACACCCAAAAAAUUCGGGUAUUUCAAUAUUCAGAAGAUUCCGAACUGAAAGAUGCAAUGCAAUCACUGAAGACUGCGGUAGGAUUGUGCAAUAGUGACGACGACAACGGUGYCAACRUAAACUUGCGUAGAUCCACGCGAAGGCGCAAAGUCAAAUUCCCUGUUGGUUGUAUCACCCAUGAAACAAGGAUCGACAUCGGCUUGCACCACAAUGUAGCAGCACUCCGCUUGUUGCUUUAUCAAAAUUGCCAGAUCUCGCUUGUAUGUAAGCUGAGUAUCGCCGUGUUUCUGGAUGAUAACUCAGCGCCAAAAUAUCUUGACAUAGAUUAUGAUUGGAGUGAAAAGACGUUGAACGAUCUAGUUGAUCAGUUGAAUCCUGGUGACRAUUCCAUUCAUGACCUACUCGACUCGAGUCCUUCCGACCAUUUCUUUCUGUUGUAUCAGAAGAACAAAGACAACGAGUCCGGGGAUAUUGAAACGACCAUGAUGGACUCCUUGCUCCAAGUAUCAAAUGCUCAGUUCCCAGAUUCUAGGAACAACUCUAGCAAAGGGGGAAAAACUCGGAAAAAACCUUCAGAACGCGGAUUUCARGGCACUCUUCUGCAGUCAUCCGCUUCGUCGGGUGUAACGGUUGAACAGAACGUUUUGCACCUGGACGAAGCUUGUUACAACAGCGAAACMAAUCCAACAAUGGUUGAAAAGAGACCGAGAUCGAACACCAUCAUAUCCGACGAUGAAGAGGAGAACUCCAAACUGGAYGCCACUAAUUGUACAGUAACUACUAUUCCUUCGCCCACACGCACGYCGAUUGGACAUGAUAAACAAAUGGAACUUGUUCGAUGGUUAAAAAAGGUAACGGACAGCAAAGACGAAAGCGAAUGCUUCGAGGCUAUUUYGUGGGCGAUCAAAUCGAACCCUAAAUUUAAUGAAGGCGAAGUUAUUAACGCCGCCUACGAAAAGAUGCUAGGUCUGACUAGAUUAAAAAAAUAGUAAUGAUUUAACUAUCAUGCUAAUAAUUUUGACUCRUUGUU